GCAUUCCCACCGGCCUGCAAGGACAGAGCGUCUCGUCCGGCAGCUCCGAGAUCAAGUCCGACGACGAGGGAGACGAAAACCUCCAGGACACCAAGUCUGCCGAGGACAAGAAACUAGAGGAUGACAAGAAGGAUAUCAAAUCAAUUACUAGGUCAAGAUCUAGCAAUAACGACGACGAAGACCUGACGCCCGAGCAGAAGGCCGAGCGGGAGAAGGAGAGGAGGAUGGCGAACAACGCGCGCGAGCGCCUGCGCGUGCGCGACAUCAACGAGGCUUUCAAGGAGCUGGGCCGCAUGGUGCAGCUCCACCUCAAGAGCGACAAGCCCCAGACCAAGCUGCUCAUCUUGCACCAGGCUGUGGCCGUCAUCCUCAGCUUGGAGCAGCAAGUCAGAGAAAGAAACCUGAACCCUAAAGCCGCGUGUCUGAAAAGAAGGGAAGAAGAGAAAGUAUCUUCAGAUCCUCCUCCGCUUUCCCUGGCGGGUCCCCACCCGGGCAUGGGAGAUGCCUCCAAUCACAUGGGACAGAUGUAAAAAAGGUCCAAGUUGCCACAUUUCUUCAUUUAAACAAGAGACCACUUCCUUAACAGCUGUAUUAUCUUAAACCCACAUAAACACUUCUCCUUAACCCCUUUUUUUGUAAUAUAAGACAAGUCUGAGUAGUUAAGAAUCACAGACGCAAGAGAUUUCAGCAUUCCCGAUUAUUAAAAACGAGAAAAAAAACA